AUGAAUCGUUACAAAUAUUCCGAUAUGAAAAUGCAAUGCAUUACGAAGAUGCUUUCUUCCCGGCGCAUGUUCGCGGACCAUCUGGAAUUGGCUGAGCUGAGUCUCAAGCUAGACGCCGGCUCGACCGAAUCACCGCUACCGGUGGCAACGUUCAAAGUGUUCGGUUCUGGAUGCAUUCUGUCGAUUGCGGCAGCUACCCGAUGCUGGUUUUCGCGUGAAACAGCCCGCUGGCAGUUGGUAGCAUCGACCACGUCCGCGCUAGUGCUGGGAGCGAUGGCGUACGGAAGUUACUGUUACCAUGACGAUCUGACGAAAGUCGACACGAUUUUGGCAACGUUCGAAGCGUACGAUGGUGCGUUGAAAAAGAUGAUGCUGUGCAUUAAGGAAAUGUUUUACGGAAACGACCGUAUCGGCUUUAUCGGUGAUAUAAGAGAAGUUCAACAAGAGAUGUUUUUUGAGUGUGCGGAAAACAGCACCAAGGCUAUCUUUGCGCUGUACGACUACGUUAAGAAAUUGGAAGCGAAAAUGAAACUACACGAGCAGUUCGUAAAGAUUUACGACCCGAUGGAAUCGUUGGCCAACUGCGACGUAUUCCAACAAACUGUUGGCCACCAAGGCACAAUGAGAGAAUUGUACAAUAUAUUUCUCUACAUGCAGUCUCACUGCCUAAUGCUGCUGACACUAUCCUUCGCCAGCGAUAUGACGCUAGGUGUGGUAAAGGACGAGACAAAUAGUUUCGUUGGAUGUAUUAAACAGCUUACUGCGGCGCUGAAACGGCAGUUUGCACUGAUCCCAUUUUACCAAGCAGAUAUCUCCAACUGUACGUUACACGAGCCAAGCCGCGUCAAUCAGAAGGAGCUAAUCCCGGUGAAGCAGCAGUCACUCGAGCUUGCGGCAAAACUGUCGGUCAAUAUUCAACAUGCCGUAGCUUUGGAUCAAACGAUCCAAGCGAUUGAAGACGUCGACUCACAGCAAGACCGUAUACGGCUCGAGCAAGCCGUCAACAAUCUGGUUAACUUUCAAGCCUACUUGAGUACACGGCUCGAUGAAUGUGACCGGUUGAUCAUUACGAUCAAAAAACUGCUGUACUGUACCGAGCCAAAUACCAUCAACGGGGAUAAUCAGCAAAGCGCGCCCUUACUUAUUGAUCCAGAAGAAGCGUUGCAUAUGUUGAUGCGCGAACAACAAGAGGAACUACUCGCAGCCCAAGAUGAGUUUUUCCUAAACACCGGAACCGAACCGGAAGAGCAAGAUGACGAUGGCUGUGCCGCACUGUACAAUCUCGAGCUCGAGGAUGAGCAUGUGGCAAAGCGGAUGAUGAAAAAUCGUUUUACACCCGUAUUGGCACAGCUGCGGGAACGGCUCGUACCGGUUGGAGAGUCGUUUAGGGAGCGCGAGCGUGCUGCUUUGCAACUAAAGGGCAUUCGUUUGAUGGACGAGCUGGAACCUGUCACCCAGCAGCCAUUAGAUUCGGAUGAGGAAGGGGAUGGUGCAAUAGAAUAUUCGGCAGUCAAGUAUGAGUACCGUUGUAGCCAAAAUAAGUACAACAAAGAUCGCGAUUUUCUAGCUAGCAAAUCUCAGUUCUCUCUCUUUGCGAACCCGCCCACCGCGGCUUUGGAGGAAAACAUCCUGGAGUAG